AUGGCCGCUCGCAGUGCCGUGCGCCUUGCUGCGCUUGCACGCGCCGCCGGUGCCUCUGCCGCGCGCCCCUCGCUCGCUACUGCUGCGCCUGCCGUGGCGCAGGCGGCGCACUCGUCCACCUCGGCCGCCGCCUCGUCCUCCUCCCAGCUUCCCGCACACACGCUCAGCCAGACGCCGACGGCCGUGCCGAGCACGCUGCCAUCGCCGUUCGACUUCAGCAAGACGCACGCGCCGACGCACGGGCACCACGUCGCCUCGCUGCACCUGCGCUGCUACGGCGCCGGCGACGUGACGCUGCAGAACCUCGACUUCUUCGCCGACUUUGCGCUGCGCGCCGCCUAUGCGCUCGGCAUGCCCGUGUCGCGCCCCGCCUCGCUGCCGCGCCGCGUCAGCCUCUGGACCGUGCCCAAGGGCCCCUUUGUGCACAAGAAGGCGCAGGAGAACUUCACGCGCACGACGCACGCGCGCGUCAUCAAGGUGUACGACUCGCACCCGCACGUCGUCGAGCGCUGGCUGUACUUCUGUCGCAUCCACGCCAUGCCGGGUCUGGGCCAGCGUGCCGAGGUGUACAGACACUACCCGCUCUCGCUCGCCUCGCAGAUGGAGGAGUCGGCGCGCGCCCAGCUGCGGCCGCGCGUGGCGCCGCGCGACGGCAGCGCUGCCGUGACGGAGGGCGAGGGCGCGUCGGGCGCCGGCAGCCAGACGGACGCCAUCCUGGUGCUGGCGCGCGGCUUGCGCGUCGAGCUGGACCAGGAGGACGCGGCGGGCGCCCGGGCGCUAGAGAGCGAGCGUGCUAGUGUGGAGCAGGGCGAGACAUCGACGGAGGCACAGGCCGGUGCAGAGGCGCAGCAGGCGGGAGAGGCGGAGCAGGCGGGAGAGGCGGAGCAGGCGGGAGAGGCGGAGCAGAAGGACGGCGAGGCGGCCGCGGAGCCGGUGCAGGAGGAGAGCUCCGCGGAGAAGCAAUAG